AUGGCAUCGGUAACUCCAUCGAUCAAACGAAUCAUCUUCCACAGUUAUAACAACAAUCACAGCAAGUAUUCAAAGACCGAUAGCAACAGAGCCACUGGCUUUUUUGCAAAAAUAAUGUUAUUUUAUUAUAAGAUGACAACAAAAGAGAUAUUAGAUAAACAUAGAUUAAUUAGCAAUGAUGAACUAAAGAAAAUGAAAAAAAAUGAAUUAAAGAAUUUAAUGGUUCAAUACUCUAUUACAUAUGAUGGAUUACAGAAAGAUCUGACUAAAACAAAUUUAUUAGAAUUAAUAUCGAAUUAUCAAGAGUAUAUCAUAGAUUUGAGAUCAAGGUUUAUCACAAACAACCCAAUAGAUAAGCAUCAUCGUGGAACUGUUCAUUAUAGAAUACCGACAUUGAUCAUCAAUCGUAUGAUACGUGUUCUCUGGCAUCAUCAUAUCGACCUAUGCUUGAGUACCGAUAUUGCUCAGACACAACUACGUGAAAACUACCGAUGGCUACUCACUAUUGCUUUGGUUUCCAAAGAGUGCUUCAAGUUGAUAUCAUCGUUGUUCACUCGCUUCAAAUACAUACAUUUUUAUACUCAAGUUUACUCGGCAUCUCCAGCAGAACUGAUCAGGAGCAGAGUCACCAAUCCACUCUCGGUUCUCAAAAAUAUCACUCAUAUGACAUUAUCAAUCAAUAUCUUUAUUGAAAUCAUCUCAUUUAGGUUGAUUGAAAUUGAACUGAUCUUUGCGAAUGUCAGGAAACUAUGUUUGCACAGCAACCAUAUCAUUCGAGAAAAACAAGAUAAAUAUUGUAAAACAAUCGUUCAAUACAUGCCAAAUCUAGAAACACUCAAAUUACCAAACAUAUCACUUAAUCAUUCGCAACUCGAAUCGUUGAAAGAGAUUCCGUUACUGACAUCUCUCAAUUUGUCUUUCACUUCAUUUGCUAAAUUCGAUUUCUCAUUGGAUAUGAUAUCAAGUUCGAUUCGCAGGUUGAAAUUACCAAAGCUACACGAUGGUUUCCAACUUUCAGACACUCAUAACCUUACAACACUCCAAUUAUUUCAAUUGAAUAAUAAUAUGGUUAAUAGUCAGUACAAUCAGAUCUCCAAACUCAUCAUAAAGAAUGUAAACUCUACAUCCAUAUUUAAAUCUCUGGUAGAAUUGUUGUGCGCACCAGAUUGUAAGGUUCAUACUCUCUAUAUCGAUUAUGGUACAUGGAUCAGUGAAGUGCUCGAAAAGAAUCGAUCGAUUACAACUCUCGAUAUUGGUUCUUCUCUGAAGAGAACCUUUGAAAUGGUAUCGAAAUCAACAACGCUCCGAACAUUCAUUUUCUACGAUGACCUGUACACCAAAAAUAUUUACAGAAAGACCGGAAAUCCCACUGGUUAUGCGCACAUAAAAUCAAAGAAGCGAAUCAAAUCACUUUUAAACGCUAGUCUUGCAUUCUAUGCCAAGAAGAUCUACACAGUUUCAACGGUUUCAACGGUUUCAACGUUGAAUGCCAAUAAUGACAAUGCCUCAUACGAAGCAACGGUGCAUAAUCAUAAAUUCUUAUAUAUUGAAUAA